UUUCUUUUUCUUUUCUUUUUUUGGUCUUUGGUCUCCGGGUGACUUAAAUCUCCAUCCAAAUUUUCUUGUGUUGCUCCCCAGAUUUUGUUCUACUGUAGGGUCGCCCUCCCGGGAGGCGCGUCCCAACUUUUCUGAAACAAGGAAAUGGCCAACUCGGGCCUGCAACUGCUGGGCUUUUCGAUGGCUAUGCUUGGCUGGGUGGGCCUGAUAGCUAGCACCGCCAUCCCGCAGUGGCAGAUGAGCUCCUAUGCGGGCGACAACAUCAUCACAUCCCAGGCCAUGUACAAGGGGCUCUGGAUGGACUGCGUCACGCAGAGCACCGGUAUGAUGAGCUGCAAAAUGUACGACUCGGUGCUCGCCCUGCCAGCGGCCUUGCAGGCCACUCGAGCCCUAAUGGUGGUGUCCCUGGUAUUGGGCUUCCUGGCCAUGUUUGUCGCUACGAUGGGCAUGAAGUGCACGCGCUGUGGGGGAGAUGACAAAGUGAAGAAGGCUCGGAUAGCCAUGACUGGAGGCAUUAUUUUCAUUGUGGCAGGCCUUGCUGCGUUGGUAGCAUGCUCCUGGAUUGGUCAUCAGAUUGUCACCGACUUUUAUAACCCCUUGACGCCCAUGAAUGUUAAGUACGAGUUUGGUCCAGCCAUCUUUAUUGGCUGGGCGGGGUCUGCUCUGGCCCUCCUGGGAGGUGCCCUGCUCUCUUGCUCCUGUCCGGGCAGUGAAAGCAAAGCUGUGUACCGUGCACCCCGCUCCUACCCUAAGUCGAAUUCUGCCAAGGAGUAUGUGUGAGCUGGGGUGCUCAGCCUGUGGGAGAAAGACUGCCUGGUCACUUCAUCCCUGAACACCAUGUACAGUUCCCUGGGGGG